AUGUCAGAGUCACCAGGACCUGUGUUGGAGCGGCGAAAGCUGCCGAAACUCCAUGCUUGUAUGACUAAGCAAAGCAUUGAGAACAUGCGCAACAAACUAAUGUUCAACAUUGACACCUUAGAUGCCAAAGGAGUACGAAGAUGCAAAAUGCCUCUAUAUCAAUGUUUAGUUUUGGAGCUAAAAGAGUCUGGGUUUGUCGAAUCAUCGAAUUAUCUGCAAAAUCUGUUAUAUGAUAAUGCACAGCUUGUUGCUGAAGACGAUAUUGGCAUAGUAGUAGAUCUAAGAAAAAAAGAGGAUUUCUUGGAGAUAAUUUGUGAUAAAUUAGUGGCUGCUGAGAAAGAGCGGGAAAAGGAACACAAGAAACAGGAAUGCUUAAUUUUUCUACAACUCGGUCUUGAAUUUGCGGAGAAGGGCAAAGGUAUCCUAUGGCUCGCAGAAAAACUGUUACUGGCUUCAAUUGCAGUAGGUAGUCAGUAUCUUUUGGACGGUGGCAGAUUAAAGGGUGUUUGCAAAUAUUACUAUGCCAAAUUCCUUCUAGAUAAAUUUCCAGGAGCUGAUCCGGAUGAAGCCUUCCAAGUUUUAACAGAAGUUAGAGAUUCGUCUAUUGGAAAGACAUGGUUAUUGCACGAACCCGAGUCCGAUGGCAAAGAAGUACCCCCAGAUACAUUAUUUGGAGUUUGUGCUUUGCAACUUUUGAGAGUUUUGCUCAGUAAAGCUAGACAAUUCAGAAAGGAUGAUCCUGGUAAAGCUGAGAGAUUGGCUCGACUAGCCGAAAGAAGAGCUAAUGAUGCCAUGGAUUUACCAAAGACAGCCGAAGCAAUAAUCGAAGUAGGGGUCUGUCAACUGAUGAUGAACAACCUGAACAACGCACUAAAGACCUUUGAAAGAGCUAUGAAUAUGAACGAGGAAAUUAAGUAUGUCCAGGGAAUGUGUGAGACGAGGAUGCAUCUUGCCGCCGUUAUGCAAAGACUGGGAGAUCAUGAGAAAGCAGCUCAACUUCUCACGGAGAUGGGACAGUUGGCGAUGGAUGCCGGGUUGUCCAGGCAUCUGGGUCGAGCCUUGCACCUUCUAGGGGAACUACAUCUGAGGCGCGAGAAACCAGAACUGGGGACUCAGCAUCUUGCAGAAGCAUUCACCUGCUUCAUGGGAAUUCGUUAUUAUUCAGGCGAUGAUAAAAGAAGUAGGUUUGAUGUAGCAAUCGAUUUAUCAGCAACUGUACCCAUAAAGCAACUUUAUGAAAGUGAAGAUCGAACGGAGAUAUUUUACGAGGAAGCUGAACAGUCGAGAUUGAUGAUGGCCGUAUCUGCAGGACAAGAAUUAAUGGCAUCAUAUUUCAAUAUGCUCAAAGAGGGUCGAACGUGUGCUGUGGCAAAGGUGAAAAUCAUCGAAUGGAAGCUCUCAGGAAUAGGUUGGUGGAUAAAUAGAAAGCACCACGAUCGUGUUCCCUGUCCUUGCGCUAAACACCAUCGCUCACCUUUGGAUAUCUUACGGUAUCAAAUGGAGUUGGUAAACAAAAAGAAACUGGAAUCUGAAUUUUCGGAUGGUAGCUUGUUGCAAAAAAUUGACGAUGCGGAAGAUUUGACACAGCUCCACGACGCAAGUACCACCAAUCAAGACAUUACUAGUCAACUGAAAUCAGUUGAAUCUGAUCACACCCAUAUUAGUGAAACCAGCCACCAAGCGGACAAACCAGUAGCCAGCAGCCAGGCUUCAUUAGCAGCACUUACUGAGAAAUCUGCCGAACCUAUGGACUAGACACGUAUCCUUUGUUGAAGUCAAGUCCACCAAUUAAUUAGGUGCCUAGUGGGAUUUCCAUUAAAAUUCUGUUAUCUCUGUAAUUAUCAUGCUCAGUUGUUUGUUACUACGACUCACGAACAACGAAUCUUUCAGAUUUUGGCUGGAAAUCUCAAUUUGGUAUUUUUACGUAUUGUUACUCCUAGAAAAAACAUUUAUUUUAUUUUUAAACAAAAUAAUGUCGAGGUAUGAUACUAUACGUUUUAAACUUUUUGUAGCCAUUCCCUACGAUAUACAUUGUCUUUGUCCACCGUCAAAUGACGAAGCCAUUUGUAGCGAUAUUUUUACUACGUAUACCACGUGAAGCCGUGGGUAACUCGGACAGUUACAGACAUAAAUUUGAUUUCGCUUUACGUUUGUUGAAACAAUUAAAUGGUAAAAUCACUUUUCACGAAUGCAAUGGAAAAGUCUUUCAGAAAUUUUACUUUUAUACAACGAUAACUAUGUAUGCUUUUAUACGACGACAGUGAAAACAAAUGAAAUUAAUGAACAUCUAUUGAAUAUUUCUUCAUUAUAUGAAUAUUUUAUUUAUGAAGAAAGUAAAGGAUUACCUCCUACAAAAGCAUUACAUGAUUAUGCGACAUCGAUUGUGCGCUAAGCAGGUAGGUACGUACUUUGAGCCGAACAUUAUAAAGCUUCAAAGGAUCUCGAAUGUUCGGCGGUGCAUACGUUGGAAUGUCAAAUAUUCAUUACAGGGGAAUGCUAUUGGUGGGGUUCCGUCCGCCCUUUAGAAACAAAUAUACAACAAAAAUAUAAAAUUGCAGAACUAAAAUGUUUAUUCGACUCGUCUUUGUUGUUACUU